AUGUGGCGGACCAUUGACGCUCACUUGAAAACAAUCCGCUCACCUAUCCGUACAGUUCUCUUUUCUCACCACCAAAACCCUCACUCCCUUUCUUGUCUUAAACCACCAAAUUCUCGCCAUUUUCUCUCUUCGUCCAAAACCCUAACUGUCUCAUCAUCAACUCCUAAUCCGCUCUCUCUAAUUCUCGCUUUCACUACACGCCACUGUAAUAAUGUUGCUUGCGGCGGCGGAGGUCGCGGUGGUAAUUUGCUGAUUACGAGCUGCAUUUCUUCAAUUUCUUCCUCCGCCUCGCCGAAUCAGCAGCGCCUGGCGAUGGACUGGAAUGAGCCGGUGGAGGUCGGCGAUGGUCGUAAAGGCACGAACAUAGAGGAGGAUACGAGGCCGUCCAUUCCUGUUCGCGCUUUUUUCUUCUCGACUAGUGUGGAUUUGAAGAGCUUAGUGGAACAGAACAAGCAAAAUUUUAUACCACCAACGUCGAGAAUGACUAAUUAUGUUGUUCUUAAGUUUGGGAAUCUCUCUGAAGCCCCUGGUUUGGGCUCCUGCAUAAGUGGAAGUAAUUGCUGUUACUUGGUUGUGUUCCAAUAUGGAUCCAUUGUUUUGUUUAAUGUCCGUGAGCAUGAGGUUGAUGAAUAUCUGAACAUUGUAAGGCGACAUGCCUCAGGAUUGCUCCCUGAAAUGAGAAAGGAUGAGUAUGAGGUGAGAGAGAAGCCAAAUCUAAACACGUGGAUGCAAGGUGGAUUGGAUUACAUUAUGUUGCAGUUCUUGAACACUGAUGGAAUAAGGACGAUUGGUAGUGUUCUUGGUCAAAGUAUAGCGCUUGACUACUACGGACGCCAGGUUGAUAGUAUGGUUGCUGAAUUUACUGACAUAAAUCGUGGAAUGGAAAAAACUGGAACAUUUUCUAUGGACAGUAAAAAGCUUUUUCAAAUAGUGGGGAGGGCCAAUUCCAAUCUUGCCGAUGUGAUUCUAAAGCUUGGGCUUUUCGAGAGAUCAGACAUAGCUUGGAAAGAUGCCAAAUAUGCUCAGAUAUGGGAAUAUCUCAGAGAUGAAUUUGAAUUAACUCAAAGAUUUGCAAGUCUUGAUUUUAAGCUGAAGUUUGUCGAGCAUAAUAUUCGCUUUCUUCAGGAAAUUCUGCAAAACAGGAAAUCAGACUUUUUGGAAUGGCUCAUCAUUGUGUUGAUUAGUGUUGAAAUCAUUAUAUCUGUUUUCGAUAUUGUCCACAGAUCAGGAUUUAAGUUCUUCUGA